AUGGUUCAUAUCCAGAACUUCACAGAUGCUAGCUCGCUAGAGCCUCAUUGGGGUUACGCUGAUCGCGUAGUCCCUUGCACCAAUGACCCUGGAUCAUGCAAAUACCUCGAUGUCGUCUAUCACUCUCACGACUUGGGAAUGCUCUACUCUGGUAUCUUCUGGGCGACUGUUGCUGGCAUUCUGUUCAUAUGGACAUUGAGUCGUCGAUUGUUUCCCUCGAGACGUGCAGAUGAGGAAAUUCUUGUGCCUGUACGAGCAUCGUCAUCUCCGUCUCUAGGUGGCAUUGAGAGACUUCAACGUUCAUUAUCAGCACAUGCUCGGCGAUAUCUCCUUCCCGACUUUGCACGACAUAUUUUUGGCCGCACUACACGGUUACACGUCCUUAUACUACUCAUCCUCACGGGAUAUCUCGCCGUGUGGUCCUUUGUUGGCAUUGUAUAUGGCAAGUGGGUCACACCUGUGAAGAAGAUGCCUGGUGUCUACAACACUCGCACCAGUCUUGGACCUUGGGCAGAUCGUGUGGGUACUCUUGCAUAUGCCUUGACACCAUUGUCGAUCCUUCUCUCAAGCCGUGAAUCGAUCCUCUCGCUUCUCACUGGAUUGCCAUACCAAAGCUUCAACUUCCUUCAUCGCUGGCUGGGCUACAUCAUUGUAGCACAAUCGGUCCUUCACACGAUUGGUUGGACUAUUAUCGAGGCGAAGCUCUAUCAACCUCAGCCUACUGUUGCUCGGGAAUGGAUCAAGCAACUAUACAUGAUCUGGGGCUGUGUCGCCAUGAUCCUCCUGUUCCUUCUCUUUGCUCUCAGCACACCUUGGGCUAUCCGUAUUACGGGUUACGAGUUCUUCCGCAAGUCUCAUUACGUUUUGGCCAUGGUCUAUAUUGGCGCUUGCAUCGGUCACUGGGACAAGUUGUCUUGUUACCUUGUCCCUGCGUUGAUCGUAUGGUUCUUGGACCGUGGCGCUCGCCUCGUACGCACUGCCAUUCUACACUACACCGUCCUGCCUGGUGGUGAAGUCGCUUUUGGUCCUGCCAAAGCUUCAACUACAAUCUUCUCUGACUCCAACGGUGAUGUCGUUCGUCUGGACUUUGUUCACCCACACGAUGCCUGGGCUGUUGGUCAACACUUCUACCUUUGCUUCCCUGAAAGCAGUAUCUGGCAAUCCCAUCCCUUCACACCUCUGAGCCUUCCUGUUCACGAUGAUGUGAGUUGCGGUGUCCAGCACUCUUACAUCUUCCGUGCCAAAGGUGGCGAGACCAAGAAGAUUGCGCAGCUAGCAGCAAAGAAGUUGCAACACACUGGUGGAGUAGCUCCUCUGACUUCUGUCAUCUUGACUGGUCCCUAUGGCGAGGAAAUCACUACUCAUCUCACUCAAGAUGUCAACAUACUCUGCAUUGCUGGAGGUACAGGAAUCACCUAUGUCCUCCCCGUUCUCCUCGGCCUCGCACACCAACCUCGCUCCGUAAAGAGAAAAGUCACACUCGUCUGGGCCAUGCGCCAAAAAGCAGACAUGGCUUGGGUGCAACCAGAACUCGAUUGCCUCAGACAGCUAGCCAAAUCAAUCGACCUGACCAUCCGCAUCUUCGUCACUCGAGAAGCAGAAGGAAACUCCACUAUCAACGAGAAAGCCAAAUACACAGAAGAUUUCAAAUCAGCGUCAGAACCCAUCUUCAAAUCCAAAUCCGACCAGACACCAGACUCUUCGUCCGCUGCAUCAACUUCAGCCGCCUAUCCUUGCUGCGGCCCACCUUCCGAUUCCUUCGCCGUUCAAAAGACCGCAAUUCCAGCCUCUGAUCCAAGAGACCAGCCCAUCCACAGGCAUCCAGAUCUGAGCAUUAUGGUCAAAGAUUUCAUCGACGAGACCAUCUGCGGAAGAACAACCGUAUAUGCCAGUGGACCCAGACGCAUGAUUUCAGAGCUGAGAAGCAUUGUAGCAGAGGCCAAUGAUGGAUCAAAAGUGUGGAAGGCGGAUGAGAGAUAUGAUGUCAGUCUUGUGUGUGACGAUAGAUUAGAAUGGUAG